UUGUCUAUGCUGCUAACCUAAUAUAUAAUGGAGACAGAUCCUAACUGUUGUAAGCAAAGAUUAAUCUUUGGUUGUAAGUUGUAAUUUUAAAAAUUGUUAUUUCUACGUGGAGAGUGUCAUGGUGAUAUUAUCAAAGACUUGUUAUCUGUGAUAUUAUCUUUUUAGUCGGGGAAAAAAAUACAAGCUACAUGCUUUCGUGCACAGUAAAGAUAAUACAAUAUAAACUGUUCCUGAUUUGUACUUGUAUUUAUUUUCACAAUUAAGAAGUGUUGAAGUCAGAAAUGGAAACAUACUCAAAAAUUUUCCUAGAUGAAAAUCAUGACAGAGUAAAGAUGGAAAUGGGAGAAGGUGAUGAUAGCUGUCAAAAAGGAAACUCAUAUGACUUGGAUGUUCAGUACACGACUGAUGGAAGGCAUAUUGAGGAUAAAAAGACUGAAAUCAUGGAUAAGGUUCAGCAUUACAUUGAUGAGAAUGGAAUAAAAUCGUCUUUUAAAUAUGAAACAGGCGAGUUUGCUUUCAACCAGAAAAGCAAUCUCGAAGGGCAUAUAGAUGCUGUCCAUUUGAAUAAAAGAGAACAUAAAUGUCACUUAUGUGAGUUUGCAUCCAAUCAGAAAAGUAACCUCAAAAAGCAUAUAGAUUAUGUCCAUUUGAACAUAAAACAGUUUAAAUGUCACUUAUGUGAGUAUGCUGCAUGCACUAAAAUAACCCUUCAAGAUCAUAUAGAUGCUGUCCAUUUGAAUAAAAGAGAACAUAAAUGCCACUUAUGUGAGUAUGCUGCAAGCAAGAAACAUAACCUCAAAAAGCAUAUUGAUUCUGUCCAUUUGAACAUAAAAGAAUUUAAAUGCCAUUUAUGUGAGUUUGCAGCCAAUCAGAAAAAUAACCUCAAAAUUCAUAUAGAUUCUGUCCAUUUGAAUAAAAAAGAACAUAAAUGUUACUUCUGUGAUUAUGCAACCAACCAGAAAGUUAAUAUCAAAAUUCAUAUGGAUUCGGUUCAUUUGAAUAAAAAAGAACACAAAUGCCACUUAUGUGUGUAUGAAACCAAUCAGAAGAAUAACCUCAAAAAGCAUAUAGAUUGUGUUCAUUUGAAUAAAAAAAAACAUAAAUGUUACUUAUGUGAUUAUGCAGCCAACCAAAAAGUUAAUCUCAAAAUUCAUAUGGAUUCUGUUCAUUUGAAUAAAAAAAGAACAUAAAUGUCACUUAUGUGAGUUUUGCAGCCAAUCAGAAAAAUAACCUCAAAAAGCAUAUAGAUUCUGUCCUAUUGAACAUGAAAGAAUUACUUAUGUGAUUAUGCAGCCGGAAAGUUAAAUUAAUAUAGAUUCUGACGAUUUGGAUAAAAAAAGCAAAUGUCACUUAUGUGAUUAUGCAGCCAACCAGAAAGUUCAAAUCAAAAAGCAUAUAGGUUCUGUCCAUUUGAAUAUAAAGAACAUAAAUGUCAUUUAUGUGAGUAUGUUUCAAGCGUGACAGAAACCCUUAAAAGAUAUUUGAAACAUAUCUAUUUGAAUGAAAAAUCUGAGGAAAGGAAACAUAGGGGUUGCCUUAAACGUAAAUAGCGUUAUAUUGUAAUCAAUUGUAACAGUAUUAUGAUAAAGUGAGGUAGGAAAACAACAAACCUGCAAAAUUGACAACUAGAGGUUCAUUGGAUAUCCCAGUGGCGUGGUUAAUUGUUCCUUAGUAAGGAUUAAUAUUACAAAAAUCAAUAGUAAACUUCAACACAGAAUAUAAGUGAUGUAUCAUAUUUCAAAAUGAAAACUAUCAAGCGGAGACCAGAGCCGAAACGUCUACAACAGAGAGGAUAUUGCGAACAACUGAAAUGGAGACCCUAAGAACAAUAACAGGACAGACAGAGAAAUUCUGUUAUAAGAGAGGAGAGCCAAGUGGACGAUGUGGUCAGAUGGAUAAGGAAGAGGUGGAGAGAGUGGAAUCAGCAUGUGGACAGAAUGGCAAAGACCACCAGAGACAACAAACUCCUCGGAAGAAGAACCAUCGGACGACCACCAAAGCAAUGAUGAGGUAGCUGGCAAUCCACGUCACAGGAGACAUAGACCAGAGAAAAAAAAGAAAAGAAGAAAAUGAGAACUAGCUAGUUUCAUAAUUUUUCAAGAAGUAAUUUCCAUUUUAUCAGUUAUUUUAGUAGAUUUCUUAUGAAAACAAUAUACAGUAAAUAAACUCUCUUAAAACAUAA